GAACGCGGUACGCGUCUUGGCCAAUUAGCACAAUUACAGUUCUUGUUUCCCUUUCCUGUCGCUUGCUUGCUUGAUUUCAAAGUUAUAACAGUAAUGUCCAAAAAGGAUCUCGUUUAUCCGGAAGUUCGAGGAUUUGAACUGCAAGAAGUUAUCGGCGAGGGGGGCUUUUCAAAAGUCUUCAGAGCUAUCGACUAUUCCAUUGGCAUGGUUGCUGCGUGCAAAGUGGUCUCGCUCAACAGUUCGACAAGUCAAGGUCAUAGGAAGGAGCUACAUAAAGAGAUCAAAGUUCAUUCUCAACUGAGGCAUGAUAACAUCUUGAGCUUCAUUGCAUCGUUGGUUAUCGAGGAUGAUGGCACGUCGCCUUACGUGCCAGCCGUGUAUAUGGUUCUGGAAUUCGCCAGCGGGGGCGACCUAUUCGAUAAGAUAGCACCCGAUUAUGGCGUGGAAGAGGACUUGGCUCAUUUCUACUUCAACCAACUCAUUGAUGCUCUGGAAUACAUACACGGCAUUGGUGUUUGUCACCGCGACCUGAAACCAGAGAAUAUCCUCCUCGAUGCUCUUGGGAUGCUCAAGUUAUCCGACUUCGGGUUGUGUUCAGUUUACAAACAUAAGGGAAACGAAAGGACGCUCUCCGAGCGAUGUGGUUCCCUUCCAUACGUCGCACCAGAGUUGAAGAACACAAACCAACCGUAUAGAGGAGAACCUAUAGAUGUGUGGGGAGCAGGAGUGAUACUUUUUACGCUUCUUGUCGGAAAUACACCUUGGGACGAGCCCUCCACCAGUAGCUCAGAGUAUGUGGCGUUCCUAUCUGGGGAGAUACUCCAUACGGAUCCUUGGAAUCGCAUUCCAAGAGAGCCAUUGUCACUCCUCAUGAAAAUGUUGGUCAUUGAUCCAAACAGGCGCAUAUCUCUUGAUGAAGCAUCUUCACAUCCGUGGAGUCAGAGAGCAAAUCAUUUAACACGAGAUCGUCCGGGCGACCUUGCGGAUCGGCUGGCGGAUUCGCUUCGACGGACGGGGGAUCUGGCUAUCGCUGAGCCAGACAUGGUCGAUUUGUUAGAGCUUUUCUGCGGCAUUUGCUGCAUGAUGCUGAAUGCACCAACUUUCACAUCCAGGUCUCGACCCGUGGACGAGGAUCAAGUGAUGCUAACGGCGAAUAUGACCCAAUUCACUCAAACAUUACAAUUAUUCACCCAAACUCAAAAUGGGGCACGUUACGAUCCCCAUCUCACUCGCUUCUACGCUUCUGUUCCCCCUCAAGAUCUACUGUCUUUCAUUAUAACUGCGAUUGAUAGGUUUGGCAUCAAAUAUAGGAUGAGAAGCUCUGGCUGUGCUGUACGAGUCGGCGGCCACGAUCGUCGAAAGGAGGUUUUCAAGGGUGUUAUUGAGGUUGAACAGUUCAUCUGGAACGACAGCGAGGGAAGCCGUUGUGUAAUGAGAAGGGAACAGGGAAAUCCAACGGAAUGGAGACGUCUAUGGAAGGAUAUCAUUAAUGCACCAGAAGUAGAUCCCUACGUCCUUCGACGUCGCAGCCAGUAGAUGCUUAAUCUUUAUGUUUAUUUAUUCUAUCUUGGGUUUCUAGUUAACAGAUGCAAGUUUACAGAUGAUAAAUAUAGUUUGAAAGCC